AUGAGUGGGAGAAGCGGCUACGGCUACGGUAACGGAUAUUCCGAUUCCGGCCGAUAUGACCAAGGCGAUAGCGCCUACGGGGGCAGCAACAACCUCGGAGUGAACGGGUACAGCGGUCGAAGUGCUGGGAAUACAGGAGGAGGCCCUCGCCCUGGCGGCUACGGCGGAUUCUACCCAGAGCAAUCACAGCAACCUUCUCUCUCGCCGGCUCCAUCCCCGGAACGUCGGCGCGAUCGGUCAGAUCGUGAUCGGCAGCAGCCUUCGACCUCACGAUCACGAUCACGGAAUGAAACCGCCGAUAGGAGAUACCAGGGUUCGCGAGAUGAUCGGACCAGAGACGGUUUACGGCCACCGGAUAGCCAUGGUAGAGGCAUGGACCCGUCAGAUUCAGGCGCUGCGGAGGCCAGUACGCGAGAAAUGCAGUCUGUCGAAGCGGUACUGCAGGCUAUCCAGCACGAUUGGGACUUCAUGACUGAUGCUGAAUGUAUCCCUGUGCAUGUCGCCUUGAGUUUGAUGGAUACGAGCACUUUGGGUAAGGCAGACCGCGAGCCGGACUUUUUGCACAUGUACAACCAGAUUCAGAAGACGCUCAAGGCAAUUGUGAACGAACACCACCAAGGAUUCAACAGUUCCAUCGGUAUAUACCACAAGAUCCAGUCCAAUAUUUCGAGCUCUCAAGGCCGGGUCCGCAACCUGCGAACCUCUCUGGAGGAGUCAAAAGCUGGGUUGUUGUCAACAAAGCCAGAGCUGAAAGGAUUGGCGACAUCCUCACAAAACUACGAUGACAUUCUUCAACUGUUUGCCCAGAUUGAAGAAAUUCAGUCUCUUCCCGAGAAGCUCGAGUCGUCAAUUUCCGACAAACGGUUCCUCGCGGCGGUAGACAUCCUUCACACAGCACUCCGACUACUCCGGCGCUCCGAGCUUGAGGAUAUUGGUGCUUUGGCCGAUAUUCGCGCAUACUUCAACAAUCAAGAAACUUCAAUUACAGACAUUUUGAUUGAAGAGUUGCACGAUCAUCUAUAUCUCAAGUCUCCUUACUGCUCAGACCGAUGGAAAGCGUCCACCGGAGAAGGGGACAUCAUCUCGACCAGCUGGACCGGCAACCGGUCUUGGGAGCGCCCUGUUUACAGGUUCUUGGCCAAGUUUGAUGCAUCAUCACCGAUGGUUGAAGAUGCCUCGCGAAACCCAGAAGCGGAUACCUUUUCCUACAUACAACUUUUGAUUGAGUCUCUGAACAAGAUGGGCCAUCUCGACACUGCAGUUGAUCGGAUCGAACAGCGCCUUCCCGUGGAACUAUUUGCCGUGGUCGACAAGACGAAUGCCGAAGUCGAUGCUCGUUACCCCACCCCGAACCGGACCUACUCAUCACACGAUAACCAGCUCAAGUCCAACCUUCCGACGCGGAACAUUGAAGAGCGGGGCCAUGUGCUGACUGAAUUCCUCUGGUCUCUUUAUGCCAAGUUUGAAUCGAUUGCAGAGGGCCAUCGAAUCGUCCAUGAUGUCAUUGCGGCAAUUGUGGACCGAGAAGGUCUUACCAAGGGCGAGACACUUGGUGGUGGAUUCAAAGAACUGUGGAAACUUCUACAAAGCGAGAUCCGCUCUUUGCUACACGACUAUCUCGCAACCGAUGGCGAGACCUCUUUCAGGUCCAGAGGCGAGGAGGCAGAGACCAGGCGGAACCUUCACCUGGGUAAUCGGGACAAAAACAAGAAAAUGUUUAAGCUCUCCGAUAUUGACCAAAAUUCGGAGAUGAAAGCCGAGCAGGAUGAACUGGACGAAAUUUUGAAAUCGUCAGUGCCAGGUCUGGUUUCCAAGACCAGGCAAAAGGCCUCCGCAACCGAUGCCGUGCAGGCCCAAAAGGGCAAUUCAGGCACUGGGCAUAAGAUCCUUCUUGAGCCGAGUGUUUUCAACAUGCGUCUGCUCUUGCCGCCGUCACUUUCCUUCAUUCAGCGCUUGAAGGAUAUCGUCCCUGUCGGUUCGGAUAUCUCUAUGGGAACACUGACCUCCUUCCUGGAUGACUUCAUGGUCAACGUUUUCCUUCCACAGUUGGACGAGACCAUUACGGAUCUGUGCACACUUUGCUUUAUUGCUGCCGAUGCGUUCACAGAAGAUCCCCAGUGGACCAAGGUUUCGCCCCGUCCGAUUUUCCGGGGAACAGUCAAGUUCAUGUCCAUCGUACGAGAGUUCAGCAAAAUGCUCUCAAGUAUUCCGCAUGAUCAGGCGUUCACGCAGCUUCUAAUUGAUCAGAUUGUCACGUACUACGACAAGUGUUGCGGGUGGUAUAAAGCGAUGGUCACGAAGGUUUCCGCUCGCAACCAUGGAGGUGGGGUGCGACUGAAAGCUGCUGCUUCAUUCGCCGACUCUGGUGAUAUCCACGACGUUGUUAAUGAGCUGUGGAAGGGAGCCGGCACGAAGAAGCAGACGCUUAUUGAUACGGAAAUCGACCUUCUCCUUAAGCGGACCGACCAGACACCUUUGGAGCCCUAUGACAUUAUCUCUGACCCGAAGACCGUGGUUGCCCUUUCGCUUCUGUAUAACAGCAUGCAAUGGCUUGGAAGCCACCUUGCAAAGAUCAGACUCGUAGUCGACAAUUCAUCGGAACCAGCGUCAUCGGUUUCGACUUCAAACGGCCGGCCAUCGCGUAGAUGGACUUUGUUCGGAGCCAUGAAACCCAAGCGCGAUAGCAUCAACAGCCCGGUCUACCUACCCCUGAACUUUGAGACGGCAGAAAUUUUUGACCAAACGCUUCAAUCGCUGCACGCACUCGGGUCGAAGGCACUCCUGACAUUGCACGUUGAUAUCCGCUGCGGCAUCAUCCACAUGCUGACCAAGACCAUGUCGGGACCGAAUCCCCCGACGGUCCGGAAUUCCGAGCCUACAACCCCAUCUCCAAGCACGACGGAGAGCUGGUGGCAUAUCAUCUUGAACCAACCGACGGCGGCCUCUCCAUCAAUUCUCCAGUUAAACAGCGACUUGAUCGCGUUCGACACUAAUAUUUCCACCUAUCUGGGACCGGCCGAACAUUGGUUUAUUGCUUCGGGUCUGGCACGUUUCAUUGACCGCGUGUUCGUGGCCUGCACCCGCUACAUUGGAGCUAUGAACGAAAAUGGUGCUCUGCGUCUGCAGCUUGACGUGUUGGUCCUGCAGCAGAACCUCAAGAAUAUCAUCGUCGACACAACAACGGAUUCGGUCACCAGCCCGGUAGACCCUACACCUCAGGAGAUUGUGGCUUUGCCCCGCAGUGCCAAAUUCCUGGAUUGGUUCCUGGAGGGUGCCGAGAAAUCACUGGACUACGCGAAGGAGGAGAAAGAGGCGUUCGCGACGCAGGGUGACAAGGCCCUGGCGGCUGGCAAUGGCGAGCCAUUCACGUACGAUGAGCUCCGGGUACUUGUGGACCUGUGUUUCUCGGAGAUGCUACGUGGACCCCGCGGCGCAGAGAGCCGAGAGGACUUUAUGGCGGCCAAGAAGGCCAGCGCCGAUGCAAUGCUGCGCCUGAACGAGGUUAUGUGGGAUGCGCGAUAG